ACAUUUACUAUAAUAUGAAUUGAUUUCAAAUGAAAUGAUAAGACAUUUGAUAAGCGAUUAAUUAAAUGAUUUGAUUAAUAAUUAAUGAGUGAUUGAAACCAUGAGUUUGUAUAAUAAACUGCUUAUACUAUGUUUGGCCACAAACUGGUCGGUUGUGUUAAGUGUGGAACCGUUGACAUCAUCUUUAGUUGGAGUGUUGGGUGCCGUGGGUUUGGGUGCCAUAUACUCGGCCUGGGAUUACCUCAAGUGCUCGACCGCCGAGUGCUGUCAUCCGCCAAAUGAAGUCAAACGCUUUGUUUACGACGCAUCCAGUCAUUGGCCACAUCGGGAACCGUGGAUUGACUACGAAGUAAAGCAAUUGGACCAAAGUAUUAAUACACAAGUUUAUGGACAACAUUUAGCCAAAAAUAUUAUCACUAAAUUGAUUCCCAAACACUUGAAGAAUAACAAUCCUAAUAAACCUUUGGUUUUGUCAUUUCACGGCUGGACCGGCGGCGGAAAGACAUUCAUGUCUGAGAUUGUGGCCAAAAAUAUUUACUUAAAGUUUCGCAAAUCGGAUAAAAGUAAUUUUGUCCAUCGAUUGAGUUUUACUAACUUUAAUACUAAUGAUAAACAUCUGAUGAGACAAUGGAUUAAAGAUAAUGUAACAAAUGCUGUAAAACAAUGUCCGCGAUCUCUGUUCAUAUUUGAUGAAAUCGACAAAUUAGUUCCCGGAGUUAUCGAUGCCAUCAAACCAUUCAUUGAUUACAAUCAAUUUGCCGAUUCUAUUGACUACCGAAAAGCUAUUUUUAUAUUUUUGAGUAACACCGGUGGAACCGGUAUAACAAAGACUGCCUACGAUUUUCAUUUGUUGGGCAAAGAACGUACAGAUCUAACUAUCAAAGACUUGGAACCACUGAUGAAUUCCGGUGCUUUCAAUGAAGACGGAGGACUCUAUAAGAGUGAUAUCGUCGAGAAGAAUCUGAUCGACGCUUUCGUACCAUUUCUUCCUUUAGAGAAGAAACACAUAAAAAUGUGUAUUCAAGACCAUCUGAAAUAUCAUUACAACAAAUCUGAUCCAUUAAAAGAACCGGGAGAAGAGUUUAUUAGACAAGUGUCCAAUGAGUUGGAAUACUUUCCACCCGAUACUAGACUGUACUCUAAAACUGGUUGCAAAAGAGUGGCAAAUAAAGUUGAUGUCCUCAUGUGA